AAGCCAAACCCAACUACCCCGCCAACUGAUCAAAACCCCCCCAAUUCGCGCGUACGUGUCCCUUCACUCUCAGAUACUAGCUGACACUUUUCCAUCGUCCACUCAAAUACAGCGCUCGCACGCGCCAACUCAGUACGCAUUUAAUACGCACGCAAACGAAGCAAUACUCGAACCGACUCUCCCUUUAGAGCGCCGUUUUUAUCAUCCCAUUACCAUGCUCUUCCGAUCGAGUCGUUGGUCAGCAAGUGCUUGUCAGUGGCGUAGCACAUUGUUCGUGUUUCCGUAUUUAUUUUGAGUCUCGAUUUCGGUCGCUGAAGUGAAGUUCUUGUGAGUAUAAGGGCACUGUUACUGGCUCUGAUGAUUUAUGCACCGUGACAGAUUCGCGACCGGUGCUAUUAUAUCAAAGUUCUGCAUGCUUUUCAAACUGGACUUGGUUAAUUAAUGGAUCAUAAGACAUGGCUUUGGCGGAAGAAAUCUUCAGAGAAGAUCAUUGUUGCAACCGAGAAAUCAAAUAUCUUCACGAGAGGAAAUGAAGAUGAGAUUGGUCUGCCUGAGAAAGCAGAACUGGAGAGUGACCUGAAAAUUUUAAAACAUAAGCUUUCUUUCAUCCUCUCAGAUGCUAAAAAUGAUAUUGCAAAGAAACAUGAGAAGAUGUCACAAGAUGCCAUUACAGGCUGGGAGACCACGGAAGAAGAAGUAAUAUCUCUUAAACAAAGAUUGGAUGAAGCUUUGCAGCAGAGAGUUGCUGAGGAAGAAAGGUUAACUCAUUUGGAUGCGGCCCUCAAGGAAUGUAUGCAGCAACUCCGUUUUGUUCGGGAAGAGCAGGAACAUAGGAUUCAUGAUGCAGUGAUGAAGACAGCAAGGGAAUUUGAAAAAUCCCAGAAGAUUUUAGAAGAUAAGUUGUCAGAGGCCAAUAAAAGGCUUUCCAAGCAAGGUAUUGAGAAUACUCAACUUAGCAGGGUUCUGCUUGCAAAGGAAAAGCUAAUUGAAGAUUUGAAUAAGCAAAGAACUCAAGUAGAGAUAGAUUUUGAUUCACUGACUGCUAGAUUAGAAUUGACAGAGAAAGAAAAUUCUUCCUUGAAAUAUGAGGUUCGGGUGCUUGAGAAGGAGCUUGAAAUCAGGAGUGAGGAGAGAGAAUUUAGUCGUCGAACAGCAAAUGCAUCACAGAAGCAACACUUAGAGAGUGCCAAGAAAAUUGCAAAAUUAGAAUCAGAAUGUCAAAGGCUGCGUAUCCUGGUCAGGAAGCGGUUGCCAGGUCCGGCUGCCUUGGCAAGAAUGAAAAAUGAAGUUGAAACUAUGGGAAGGGACUCGGAAGAAAUGAUGAGGAGAAAAAUGAGCUCUAGUUCCUCUAGCUCAAUGGUAAUUACUCCUGAUACUCCCAGCACAAAGAUUAACUUCCUGUCAAAACAACUGCGUUCAGCAGAAGAAGAAAACAAGACUCUCAAAGAGUCUCUCAAUAGAAAAACAAAUGAACUCCAAUGUUCAUAUGCUCAUACAGCUUCUAAAUUAUCACAAGUUGAGUUGCAGGUUGAAGAAUUAUCGGAAGGUCCCACACCCAUAGAGUCGACAAGGAAUAAUAUUACAUCACAUGAGCUCUCUCUGCCAUUUAUGUCUGACAUUGGAAGCGAUGAUAAGAUUAGCUGUGCUGAAUCCUGGGGCUCUGCUUUGAUUUCAGAAUUAGAGCACUUUAAGAAUGGAAAACAGAAGGGGUCGCCAUCAAUCUACACUGUUGGAGUUUCAGACAUAAAUCUGAUGGAUGACUUUGUUGAAAUGGAAAAGUUGGCAAUAAUUUCUGUUGACAAAUCAUCUGGAAGUCCUCACAUCUCCCAUGAUGAUUCUAAUGCACUUAUAUCAUCCUUUGAAACUGAAUCGAGUGGGCGUUCCUCGGAGGCAAAGGGUAGGCAAAUAGUUCCAGUGUCUGAAUGUCAGUCUGGAAACCAGGAGACCAAGCCCAAUAAUUUAAUUGGUAAAAUCCCUGGUUGGCUUCAGGAUAUUGUGAAAUUGAUUCUGGAUCAAAACUCUGUCAGUAGAAGAACACCUGAUGAAAUACUUGAGGAUAUCAGAGCAGCUUUGGAAGAUAUAAAUGAUCACGGCCUUGGUGAUGUUGUUGAUAGGGAGAACAUAGAACGUCCUGAUGCCUCAAAACCUACUCAUCUUGUUAGCUGCAUUUCACGGGAACAAAUUGAUAAUUCCGUUGCGGCAGACAAUUCUAGUGAAGUAACCAAUGUUGGCUUCUCAGUGGCAGAGAAGAGCAACCAACUAUCUCGAUCAGAUUUUGAAAAAUCAAUUAGCAAGAUAAUUGAGAUCAUUGAAGGAGUCACUCCACCAUAUCAAGAAUAUGGCACCCCAGAGACCUUAUCUCACAAGGAUGGAAGUUUUUCCUCACAUAAGAACUUGAAGUCACCUUCAGGCUAUGUGGUUCGUGUUUUCCAAUGGAAAUCUUCCGAACUUUUUGCUGUACUGCACCAAUUUAUUCAUACUUGCCACGAGUUGUUGAAUGGAAAGUCUGAUGUCAAGAAAUUCGCAGGGGGUUUAUCUUCCUCUUUGGAGUGGAUUAUGAACCACUGCUUUUCCCUUCAAGAUGUUUCAAGCAUGAGGCAUGAGAUUAAGGAACAUUUUGAUUGGGAUGAGCCAGGAAGUGAAAGUGAAGAAGUUGGUCAAUUUUCAGAAGCAAAUAAGUUACACCUUCCCAUAGAGCAAUUGUCUUGUCUGCCAAUGGUUGCAGCCUCAGAUGGGAAUAAUAAUUUUUGGGAAAAGGAAGAGCGCCCGUGUGCUAUGAAAGAUGAAAAUAGAGCAGCGAUAGAUGGGUUGGUCAAUAUAGAACCUGAAAAGAAAGACUUGGAACCCCAAUCAACCACUGACGGGGAUGAGCUCCAGAAGAAUAAACUUCAGGAGACAGGGAAAAGCGCUGUCAGCUUGCAAACAGAGUUAGGUACUUCAAAGCAAUUUAAGGAAACAGUUGAGGAUCAAAAGUUGAUUGGUGGAGAUCUUGACAGGCAACUUAUGGUGACCAAAGAUGAAUUGAACGAGGCUUGCAAAAAGUUUUCAUCUCUGGAAAUGGAACUAGAGAACAAAAAUGAUUGCAAUGCACUCAACAAGGAAGAAAAACAACUCCGGCCAGAUUCGGUGAUCACUGCAGCUUCCGAGAAGUUGGCUGAGUGCCAAGAGGCUAUUCUAAACCUAGGGAAGCAACUAAAGGCUUUGGCUUCGCCUAUGGAAGUAGCCAUUUUUGAGAAGAUUGUGACUACCCCGACUGACACAGACACCAACACCACCAUCACUGCAACCGAUGCCUCAGCCUUAGUCCUCCCCUCUAUGAACAAGAUUACAAACCAAAGAUCCACUCUCUUGGAUCGGAUGCUAGCUGAAGAUAAUGCUAAAGCUAUGACCCUUACAUCCCCUAAAGCCAGCAAAGACAAUGAUGCUGCAAUUAAUCCUUUGGCCAUUGUACCCGGCAAGAAAGGGGCCGGAGGGAGUUUGUGGAAAAAGUUCUUAUGGAGUAAGAGGAAAGUAGACAGCAGAAAACACGUCUCCCAUUGGCCGCUUAGCAGAUAAUCGCGGAAUGAAGUAGCUACAAUGCCAAUUCUGUUCUUCAGUUUGUUGCACGUUGAAGUGCUAAAUAAUAAGGCUUGUAUUUAUCCAUUUGAGAGCGAGCUUGUGUGUGUAGUAUUGUGUAUAUAACUGUAAAGUGAACAACUGAUAAGUUUGGUAGGUGAAAUGAUCACCGUUUCGCUGUC